UUGUGAAUAGCUGCAAUCCAGUUCCUACUGGUAACGUCAUAAAACUGCGUCAGCCACUCAAAGAAGUCAUUGCAUGGCCGCCGCUUUGACUGAUUUAUCCGCCGGUUGAAAUUAUCAAGCGGCAGUUCGGAGUUCUGUACUUUGGUUUUUGCAGCUAGCCACAACCAACAUCAUGAGUUUGUUUGGCACGAGUUCUGGGUUCGGGACUGCGGGGACCAGUGUAUUCGGCAACGCAACAACAGAUAAUCACAAUCCUAUGAAGGAUGUGGAGGUAACCUCCCCACCUGAUGACAGCAUCAGCUGUCUGGCCUUCAGCCCUCCUACCAUGCCAGGGAACUUCCUGAUUGGUGGAUCCUGGGCUAAUGAUGUUCGGUGUUGGGAAGUGCAGGACAGUGGGCAGACAGUGCCCAAGGCUCAGCAGACACACACAGGCCCAGUGCUGGACGUCUGCUGGAGUGAUGAUGGGAGCAAGGUUUUCACGGCCUCCUGCGACAAAACUGCCAAGAUGUGGGACCUUAACAGCAAUCAGGCCAUGCAGAUAGCGCAACACGAUGGCCCCAUUAGAACAGUCCACUGGAUAAAAGCCCCUAACUACAACUGUAUCAUGACAGGCAGCUGGGAUAAAACUCUGAAGUUUUGGGACACCCGCUCGCCCAAACCCGUGAUGUCCCUGCAGAUGCCAGAGAGAGCCUACUCUGCAGAUGUGGUGUACCCCAUGGCGGUAGUGGCCACAGCCGACCGAGGGCUAAUCAUUUACCAGCUGGAGAACCAGCCCUCCGAGUUCCGCAGGAUAGAGUCUCCUCUUAAGCACCAGCACCGCUGUGUGGCCAUAUUUAAAGACAAGCAGAGCAAGCCCACUGGAUUUGCCCUCGGAAGCAUCGAGGGGCGGGUGGCCAUUCACUACAUCAACCCUCCCAACCCAGCCAAAGAUAACUUCACCUUCAAGUGUCACAGGUCCAAUGGGACCAACACAGCCUCUCCACAGGACAUCUAUGCUGUGAAUGCCAUCUCUUUCCACCCCGUGCACGGGACUCUGGCCACUGUUGGGUCGGAUGGGCGCUUCAGCUUCUGGGACAAGGACGCCCGCACCAAGCUGAAGACCUCCGAGCAGCUGGACCAGCCCAUCACCGCCUGCUCCUUCAACAGCAACGGCAACAUCUUUGCCUAUGCCUCCAGCUACGACUGGUCAAAGGGACAUGAAUAUUACAACCCCCAGAAAAAGAACUACAUCUUCUUGCGAAGCGCAGCCGAAGAGCUGAAACCACGGAACAAGAAAUGAUUCUGCCAGCUGCGUAACAAGUUGAGGGUCCACACCCUGAAGACCUGCCUUAAUGUGUAUAUACAGGGAACACCUUUGGGCUCAUGUUUGAACCAGCAUUUGAACCAGCAACCAGAAUGGGGAAUUUCGCUGUUCAUAAAUGUAACAUUUUUUAAAUAUACUGCAGCUUGAGAAUUGGUGGGGGAUAUCAUUAUUAUUGGCAUGUUUUUAUCUUUCGUGGUGGUGUAGGCCACUACAUGUGAUGUGGGGAAAAAAAAUAAAAGCUAAUGUUUUCGUAAUCGAA